AUGCGACGAAAGGUCAUUUUUGCGUCAGUUGUGUUCUUCUUUAAAUAUUUUCCAUUUAAGGGUGAUAAUUGGAAUGCGAAUGAUUUAUUCCGAUUUCAAUACGGUUGUUUCGAUGGUGUUGAGGCGGAUGAAUUACGUGAGAUUUGCGAGGAAUGGCUGAAUCGACUUUAUGCGAUACCCAAAAAAUAUUGUUAUCUUGCUUGGUAUGCUUCGGCAAUAUAUGCGUGUUUCUAUCGAAUAGCUCCAUUGAUAACUGAUAUCGAUGAUAAGAAGGACCUGUGGCAGGAUGUUAAGCGUGAAUACGCCGAGAUCAUGCAAAUGGGUCGUCGUAUUUGGCGACGUCCCACACAUCCCAGUCGGUUGAGAGUUGUUUACGAUUUGGGCAUGCUUUGCGUCAGAUUUAAUGAAUUGCAUGUUAGUUCUUGA